AUGUUCGAAAUGUCAGUCAAAGACGACCGAAAGAUCGUUGAAAAUCGGAUGACCAGCGAUAGUUUCACUGUCAGCGGGCGCAACCCCAAAGAGGGAUUCACCGAGGCACUCGAGGCUGCUGUCCGUCUCACGAUGGAGGAUCUUAGUAUUUUGAUGAUGAAUAAGGAGGGGGAAUUCUACCUGGCAGCUAGUGCCAGUCUCUUCCCAACGGGGUGGACAGUGAACCAGAGAAUUGGCUGGACCAUCUCUCAACUGCAUGGCCCUGUGCCACUAUGGCACCAACAAGUCGGCAACUCCGUUAGCAAAUUCCUCGCCCGCUUAACCCCCGAAUCUCCAAUGGAACGAUCAAAUUACUUCGUCGAAGUCAAGGGGCCAAACGAAAACCUGACCGAAACCCUCUACCGGCCUGGCUCUCUCUGCGAGAAAGAGCUGAGCAGCCCACUACCAUCAGACAUCCUGAUCCGUCGCGAGAGGCAGACUUUCCGUCGUCUACCGCGGACAGGGGCGAUCGUGUUCGGUGUCAAGACGUAUCUCACACCUUUGGAUGAGCUUCCCAUGGCUGAGCUAGAUAAUCUCGCUAAGGAGAUGAAGAGUUGGCCUGAUUAUGUGGGUGAGUAUAAGGGGAGGGAUGUUUGGGGGGCUAAAGUUUUGGAAUACUAUCGGAAACAGGUUGGCCAGGAAAAGAAAUCAACCGAGAAAGAUGGGAGUAAUGAGGGUUGA